CUCCGUACAACAUGCAAAAUAAUCGACCAGUGCUCCUAUAAUGCUUCAUUUCCGUAACGACGGACCUCAAUCACAGUCCUUGGCCUGAGUACAUCGUGCGAUCCUUCCUCAUCGCUGUACCCAGCCCCUCCAGCUAACCUCCGCAAACCCAUCCUGUGGAUGCUGAAACAGCUUGCUGAAUUCCUUGUUCCCCCGAUACAUGUUUCGAAGUCUCCCGCUAGUAUCACUCUUUAUCACCUUCCGAUUCCGUCGCUACUCUUACGAUCUACAUCCGCUCAACGCCUGUUUUCAAGUGGCAGUUAAGCCCCCUUCCGACUUCCGUUCACCAUCCAAGCGCGCUCGUGCCGAUACCCUAACUACGCGAACGAUUCUUGGAUGCUUCUCCUGAGCUGAAUAUCCCAGUCUUACAUGCAGUUUCGGCUGUCGGCAC